AUGUUGCAGGAGCUUAAGAGUGUCAUUGGGGAUAUUCCCGAGAUUGAAGAACUUGUUGGGAGUGAAGAAGCAAACCAAGUCUUCUGCAUCAGUGAACAUAAUGAGGAGAAAGUGAAGUCUGCUGUGCGAACAAUCUUCACCGUGCUAAUGUCUGCAGGUCCUGAUACAACAAAGGCAAUUGUAUUCAAACUAAAACGCCGUCUGCAUAUGGAGAGUCACGUCAGCCAUGGAACUUCCAUGUUACUGUCUACUUUGCUCUUCAUUUGCUCUUCUUAUCACGUUCUAUUUAUGCCUGAAGAUUCACUUAAAGUCUCCAUCUUACUUGAAGCUGGACAAGGCAGGAGUGAACAAUAG